AUGUUGGGCCUUCCCCUCUCCCUCUUCGGUACCCCUAUACUGGAGGGAGAGGCGCCUGAGUCGCAGCACGACAACAUGCCAGUUGCGUGUAGUGACUCAGGCAAGGAGGACGCCAUUCCUUCUGCCCAGUUAGACACAUCUCACCGCUUCAAGAAGAGGAGACUUCAAGUUCAGGGGGACGACCCCUCCCCCCCCAGGGGUCCCCACCCCUAUAUUCGCUGUGUCAUUUACUCUCAAACCAAAGAGAGCACGCCCCAUGUUUUAGAGGAGGAAAUCUCUUCUCUCUUACACAAAGGGGCGAUCCGUGUGGUUCCGCGAGAUCAAGCCCAACAUGGCUUUUAUUCUCGCUACUUCCUGGUUCCAAAGAAGGACGGCUCCCUACGUCCGAUCUUGGAUCUCAGGGUGCUAAACAAACAUUUGAGGCAAUACAACUUCAAAAUGUUAACGUACUGCACUCUUCUACGCUCAAUACGUCAGAAUGAUUGGUUCACAUCAAUUGAUCAGAAAGAUGCCUUUUUCCACGUAGGCAUCUACCCCCCUCACACAAAAUUUCUCCGCUUCGCCCAUCGCAGUGUUUGCUACGAAUACACAGUUCUACCCUUCGGCCUCUCCCUAAGCCCACGGGUGUUCUGUCAUUGUGUAGAGGCGGGUCUGGCUCCAUUGAGACUAACGGGAGUCAGAAUUCUGACUUAUAUCGACGAUUGGCUCAUCAUCGCCAAUUCGAAAGUCAGAGUUGUGCAGGACACACAGCUAGUUCUGACACAUCUGUCGUCUCUUGGUUUCAGAGUGAACCUCUCCAAGAGCAAUCUCUCUCCAUCCCAGAGUGUAACGUUCUUGGGAUUGGACCUAAACUCUGUGUCGAUGCGAGCUUGGCUAUCAGCAGACCGCAUUUUAUCACUCAGAGUCUGUCUCUCUCAGUUCAAACCGGGCUCGAGAGUACAGUAUCGCACAUACCUCAGGCUGCAAGGGCUGAUGGCUUCAGCUUCUCACGUCGUCCCGCUAGGGCUAUUCAGAAUGAGGAGCUUUAUGAGGUGUAUUUCAUCCCUCCACCUCAGCCCCGUGGGCGAUCUCCAUCGUCGCCUCUCGGUGACACGCGAGUGCUACCAAACUCUGCGUCACUGGGAAAACACAGACUUUUACACUCAGGGAACCCCUCUCGACAUCAUUCUCAUGAGGAAAGUCGUGACAACAGACGCGUCCCUCUCGGGGUGGGGUGCCACUCAGGAGGGACGUAUUGUGAAUGGGAAGUGGCCGAUCCAGCUGUGCGUCUCUCGGCAUGGAUGCACUGGCCCACCCAUGGCCCGAUGUGCUCCUUUAUGCGUUUCCUCCCCUCGCUCUCAUCUCUCCCACUCUAGCCAGAGUGAGAGAACAGAGCUUGACACUGAUCCUGAUAGCACCCAGGUGGCCGAAAUCACCGUGGCUGGCAGAGAUUAUCCCUCUCCUUUAUGCACAGCCAUGCGCACUCCCGUUACGCACGGACCUACUGUCUCAGGCGAGCAGGGAAAUACACCACCCCCGCCCAGAGCGAAUAGCUCUUUGGGCUUAGCCUGUGAGAGAGCUGGGGAGCAGCCAAAACCCACCAGAAGAACAUCUGCAGGCAUCCUGACCUCUGCACGGGACUGGCAACUGUUGGUGGACCUUGAACGGCAGCUGAAGUUCCCCAACCAUAUCGCAGCAACCACCCUGCGACCAGACAUUGUUCUUGUGUCUGAGUCCACCAAGCAAGCUGUGCUGUUGGAGCUGACAGUCCCAUGGGAAGAUCGCUUGGAAGAGGCCUUUGAAAGGAAUCUCUCCAAGUACGCGGGACUGGUCAGCAAAUGUCAGCAGGCUGGGUGGAGAACAAGGUGUCUCCCAGUGGAGGUUGGAUGCAGGGGAUUUGCAGCCCGUUCUUUAGCCAGAGCCUUCAGCAAUUUGGACAUUGAGGGAGAGAGGAAGAGGAGAGCCAUCUGCAGUACCACCGAUGCGGCAGAGAGGGCUUCAAGAUGGCUGUGGCUCAAAAGAGGAGAGCCAUGGAGUCAUAAGUAG